AAACUGAAGAAAAUUUCGAAAAAAAUUCCAUUCUUGUUCAAACCGUUUCAUUCUCUUACUGAAUCAUAUUUUCUCUACAGAAGAAAUUGUCUAAAUCAACGGAUUGCAAAAUGAGAGGUCUUUUCUCAUUUGUUCUUGUAGUGGCCCUUUGCAUCAUGGCAGUGAAUGCUGCAUAUGAGAAUUUCUUGUGCGCGAUCGAUCCAAAAACGAAGGUUUUUUUUCCUUGCUCCAUUGACUGCAUUAACAAUCACGGGUCAACUGGUGGCAAGUGCGGUGAUGUUCACAACGGGGAUUUCAAUUGCUAUUGUUCGGGCUACUCUCCAACUGGGGGGAUGGAAAAAUCCAACCACUGCAAAGAGCCAACUGAUGACUUUCGUAACGUUUGCACUGUUGAUUGCAUCUGUGGUCAUGCCGCUGAAGGAGGUUACUGCGAUUUCGAUCGCAAGGCUUGCAUUUGUCAAGGGGUUGGAACUAAUGUGAAAAACGCUAACUGUCCCGCAAAGGAUAACCGAGAAUUUGGUAAAAUCGUGUAUAACUACCUUGGGCCUAAAGGUUUAGGCGAGUAUGGAAUGCACGUCAUUGCGAGCAUUGCAAAAAAUGUCACUCUCCAAUAUUGAUUCAAAGUAGUGUAUACUACAAUAUGCUAUAUUACCUAUAAAUCUCAUUACAUUCUAUUAUCCUUCAAAUUUGUGGCCUUGUAUGUAUGACUUGUGUUUGCUUCCUUCCUCCGUUAUUAAAAAAUAAAGUCUUUGAUUUCCUAUUGUGAAAA